GUGCUGAAUUGCAAGCCAAUCACACCCACAGCUGCCAAAAGCUCCUAGAAAAAAAAACGUCAGCCACAUUCCGUCAUGCCCUGGACCCAGAUGCUUGGCCUCGGAUGUCACUGGCAGACCGCGACGAAGUUACGUGGCUGACCGAGACUCACCUCACUCGAUUCGCCGUAUCAGUAGGAGCAGCAGGUAUUCCCACCCGGAGCAAGGGUGGUGUGUGCCAGGAAGCUGCAAUGGAGUCCAACUUUUCCAAGGGAGACGCCAGACUGGGCGAGGAGCCACGCUUACGGGCACCACCACAAAACCAAACCCCAGCCGACCUCUCCGGCAUCGACAAUAAGCUGCUAUACGCCAUGCCCUUCAGCGCCAAAGACCUGCAACGGUAUCGUAAGGAUGAGAAGUUCAGUCACAGGCUUCUGACGCCCGAGGAGAAGGUCAACCUUCUUAAGCCAUAUCUCCCCUCACCCCCACCACCACUCGACCGCACCCGAAGAGCCUCCCUUUCCCAAGUCUCACGAGAAGAACGAAAAGGCAAGCUGGGUCUGCGCCGUUUCCUUCGCCGCCACUUCCACAUCUUCAUCUACGCCCUCAUCCACCUCUACUUCUCCAUCCACAUCCGCCUCCGCCAGGCUUACCAUGCCAUUGGCAACCGCUUCUACACCGUCUAUCACCACCACCACCACUCCCCCGAGUUAAUACAGCGUGAUAUCAAAGACCUCAGUCGCCUUCCCAAACACCUCAGCGUCAUCCUGACCCUCGAGGAUCAAGGGCGCAGCGGAGCCGGCCUCGAAAAGCUCGUCAACGAAGCAGCCGACAUUGCCGCCUGGUGCGCUAGCGCGGGCAUCACUCAGCUCUCCAUCUACGAGAAAACUGGCAUCCUCAAAGGUUACGUCAAGGAAACCCACCAGACCAUCUCCCAGCGUCUCCAAACCUACUUCGGCCCCUCCUUCCCCUCCGUCUCGCUCGGUGCCCCUCACAUCCCGCCAGUCCAAUCCGGUCUCCUGUCCCUCAGCAACAGCCCCAACAAUGAGAACCGCAAGAACAUUAAUAUUCUUCUCAUCUCUGCCGAAGAUGGCAGAGACUCCAUUGUUGACCUGACCAAGACCCUUGCCGAGAUGUCCCAGCGUAAAAAACUCCAGCCCGUCGACAUCACCACCGAGCUAGUAGACGCCGAGCUGAGCGAGAGUGUCAUGGAGGAGCCUGACCUGCUUGUGUUGUUCAAUCCCUUUGUUGAGCUUGCCGGUUACCCACCGUGGCAGAUUCGGUUGACGGAGAUUUUCCAUGUGCCGGAUAACCAAGGGGUGGGGUACCAGGUUUUCUAUCGGGCGUUGUGCAAGUUUGCCAAGGCGCAGAUGAGAAUGGGGAGGUAGGGCGGAUAUUGCUCUUCCUUUCUUCUUUCUGUCUGGGUUUUGAUAUAGAGGACAGGGUCAUACGAGGACGAUAUUGGGCGACAGGGCGGCGGUUUUCUCUUGUUUUGUUUCUUUUUUCAUUGUUUCUGUCUCGUCAUUUUCAUUCUGCCAGCGAAGA